UUCAUUACAUACAGCUUAAACUCAAUAAAAUGCUUCAUUUGAUUCAUGAUAAACUAUAUUUGAAGGUCAACUUAUAUGUAAUCAUUAGGUAUAGAAACAGAAAUGUGUCAAAUUGAGCAUGCACACUGCAGAACAUAAUGUGGAUGCAAGUGUCUCAUACCAUCCCCACAUCAAUCAGAUUCCAAGGCACUCUAGUAAAUGUUCACACCUGUAUUUAGAACGAGCCACUUGCAAUCAGAUUGACUAUUUAAAUGACUAGAAUGAGCAGGCUCACAGUUUUCAAGAUGGCAUCUUUGGCUCCAUGUUUUAUUGGAGCUGUGUUGGGAUGUGCUGAAGACUGCCACAGGUUGGAUUACACCAAGAGUUAUGCAAUGUAAGUCUAACUACUUUAAUACUUACUUUACAUUAAUACUUUUCUUGCAACUUUGCUGAUUGACCAUCAUUUUGACAUGUUAUGCUUCUAUUGUUUCAGACCAAGACAACUGGUAUCCAUCACUUCUCUGUCAAAAGAUGACCAAAUGCUCCUGAAGCACAGGUGUAGUCUGCAGGAUGAUGUACCACCUGAUGCAACUAUAUGUUUGUACCAUAAGAAAAUAAACCUGGAUUGUUACUCUUCUCUACAAAAAAACUGCAGCAACCCAUAUGGCUUACAUGCAAGACCUAUGAAAAAAAAUCUUCGCAUCAUCUCUCUGUCCCAAGCAGAGGCCAUUGGAAAGACAUCUGUAAAGGCUGGAAUGAAAGAAGACAUAAAAGACCAAUUGGAUAAGUGCUUCACUGCUAUUGGACUUUCCCCAUGUAAAAUCUCACGAGUCAGUCCCAGGGAUAAGGAAGUGUACAUUAAGAGAAAGGUUGAAGAAGUUGGCCACAAGACCAAGGAAAUGCUACAUUGGUGUGCUGCAGUCCCUUCAACGUCAUGGGCUGCUCCUAUGAUGACCACAUCAUCUGCUGAUGUGAGUGAUGUUGGCUAUCUUGUCACAGCUUUGAAGCAAAAGUUAUCAAUCACGACUGGAAAGCAGGAGCAGAUCAAGUUAUUAACUUUGGUACCACAAAGCUGGAGUAUUGCAAAGACCAUUGAUGAAUUUGGUGUUAGUGAGCGUCUAGUCAGACGAGCAAGAGAUCUGCGCUUAGAACAUGGUAUUUUGCCUGUCAUCACACCCUCAAUAGGAAGACCACUGAGUACAGACACUGUAAACAAAGUUAUUGCAUUUUUUCACCAGGAUGAUAUUUCUAGACCACUGCCUGGUAAAAAAGAUUUUAAGAGUGUCAAAGAAGGAGACAAGAGAGUACACAAGCAAAAAAGAUUAAUUGUAAUGAAUCUGAAUGAAGCCUUCCAGCUAUUCAAGCAAUCAAACCCUGACCUGAAGAUAGGAAUCUCCAAAUUUUGCUCACUCCGUCCCAAGGAGUGCAUAACUGUAGGUGCUAGAGGGACACAUUGUGUGUUUGUGUGUACCACCAGAAUGUGAAGCUAAUGCUUUCUGCUUUCCCAACUGAAAACCAAGCAGAGAAAAUCACCCACACAGAUCUCCUGAACCAUUUUGUGUGUUCCACACAGAACAUGGAAUGCAUGUUACACAGGUGUGAAGAGUGCCCAGGAUCCACAAAUCUAGAACACUUUUUGAAUGACAAAGUAAGUGAUGAUGUAGACAACAUUAGCUUCAAGCAGUGGGUGACAACUGACAGAACAACUCUUUUGGACUACACCAUCUCAACAGAAGACUACCUGGAUUUGCUCAUGGAAAAAGUAAACCAACUGUCGGUUCAUCACUUUAUUGCAAAGCAUCAAAGUCAUCGUUUAUGCCAACUGAAGGAAGAACUGCACUCAGAUGAAUGCAUCAUACUUCUUGACUUUGCUGAGAAUUACUCUUUUAUUGUUCAAGACGCCGCCCAGGGUUACCACUGGGAUAACUCCCAGUGUACCCUGCAUCCUUUUGUGAUCUACUACACGGAGGAUGACCAGCUUAAAUGUUCAAGUAUGUGCAUAGUGAGUGAUUGUCUUAAGCAUGAUACAGAAGCUGUGUACACUUUUCUGUGCAGUGUUAUACCCGAAGUGAAGAAGUUGCUGCCCACUUUGAAGACCAUUCACUAUUUCAGUGAUGGAGCUGCUGCUCAUUAUAAAAACCGCAAAAGCUUUAUCAAUCUGCUUUAUCACUCAUAAGACUUCGGUGUUUCUGCGGAAUGGAACUUCUUUGGAACAUCACACGGUAAGUCACCAUGUGAUGGAAUAGGUGGCACAGUAAAGCGAGAGGCUGCAAGAGCGAGUCUGCAGGCCACUGAUACAAACCACAUCCUAACCCCUGAAGACCUCUUCAAAUGGGCGGAAAAAAACAUCCUAGGGGUGAAAUUUAUGUGGAUAAGCAAAGAAAGUGUAAAGUCCAUGGCUGACAAGCUGGAAAGCAGAUUCGCAAAGGCAUUCACGGUGCCAGGUACUAGAGAUAAUCACUGUUUCAAGCCAGUCAAUGCCACAACAAUUGAGGUCAGCAGUGUGUCUGGAAUUGCUGGAUUUUUGGUCAACUAUGAGAGAGAACAUAUUGAAGAAGAGUUUUCACAUGGCCUCCAGAUCAGUGACAUGACACCUGGCCAAUAUAUAACCUGUGUUUAUGACCAUCACUGGUGGGUUGGAAGCAUCAGAGAGACAUCUGAAGAUCAGCAAGAUGUUCAGAUACAAUUUAUGCAUCCACAUGGCCCAGCAAAAAGUUUCUUCUGGCCAAUGAGAGAAGAUUUGUGCUGGGUACCUGUGCAACACAUCAUCUCUAAAAUAGAUGCUCCUAGAACUACAACUGGACGUCUAUAUACAAUUCAGGAAUGUGACAUCGAAGCAUCUGAAAGAUUCAUUAAAGAGUUCAGAUAAUUUACAAUAGCUUUCCCUAAGUUGCCAAUGCAUACAGGUUUUUUUUUUUUUUCUUU